AGUUGCUUUCCUUCAGCAUUAAACCGGAAGUUACUGGGUUUUGCCCAUUUGUAUCUUGUUCGUAGUGAAUUUCAAAGCUGCAAAUAUAAACCGAUUAGGUUAGGUGCAAGUGGGAAGGGAUCAAAUCAUUCCUCCGCUUUAAGGCGAUUGAACGGUGCAGGUCAGUCGUGGGAUAGAUAUGCAACGUAUUUAAUUCUAAAGCUCAAUAGAAAUCUGCUGCUUCUUGGAGAUUACACAUUUUACUUAUCUCUGGAAAAUGGUGUACUAUAGUAAGAAAAAUGACAACACAAAUUAAAGACAAAGAAGCUUUUCAGAGACUUAAUUUUCUAUACCAGGCUGCACAUUGCGUUUUGGCUCAAAACCCAGAAAAUGUAGAGCUGGCUAGAUUUUACUGCCAUACUGAAAGAAUGAUUAGCAAACGAUUGGUGUUGAGACAGGACCCAUCUGUCAAAAGAACUAUUUGUAAAAAAUGCAGCUCUCUACUUAUAUCUGGUGUGACUUCAACAGUGCGACAAAAAAAACUUCGUGGGCAACGGAAAACUGUUGUUAAAUGCCUGACUUGUGGGCUUACUAAUCGAUUUCUCAGUAACCCAAAUUACAAGCUGUGGUGUGAGCAGCCAGAGGCUCUAUUGGAAAACCAGCCCAAAACAGAUCAAGAUAAAAAUCCUGUACAUCAAAAGAAACUUUCAAAGGAAAAAGGAUCUUCAGUCAAGGUUACAGAUGAAAAGAAGCAAGUUUCUUAAUCUAGAGUCUGUUGUAUUGUACAUCUAGAUUUUAUCUCAAAGCAAACUGAUAGGAAACCAGUACUCUAAAAAAAAAUAUGAGAAAUGAACUAAUUCAGUUCUGUUUGUGCAUGGCAAGAAAUCCGUGCCAAUAUUUUGUUUAAGCUACAUGAGACCGCAAUGUGGUGUAUAGCAUUGGUUUGAAGAAUUGUAUUUUUUUUCUAUUUAUUGUUUGGGAGAAAGCUGUUUUGGAGAUACUGUGAAUCAAACAAUUUUAUAAUUGGAUACGUUUAAAUAUUUUGUUAAGCCCUGCACUUUCAAGUUAAUAAACAUGAGUUUAAAGUGUUCAACCAA